CUGGAGUGCCCCUCCUUCGAAGCUUUUUGACAAUACUUACUAGGUAGCCACGACACCGCUUUCCAACACUUGCUGUCAACCCUAAAUAGGGUGCUCAACAUUAUACGUCGUUUCUCUUCGCCCGUACAUUCUUCUCUCGAGAUCGCAUUUGAUUAGCGCCAUCGUUUCCAUGGAGCCUAGCCCUGUAUCUGUGGAGGUUGCUGGCCAUGCGCCCAACUUCUCCCUCAAGGAAAAGACGGCGCUUAUGGAGGCAUUUGAAGACGUACUAUGCGGAUCGUUUGCUGGCGCUGUGGGCAAAUACAUCGAGUAUCCGUUCGAUACGGUCAAAGUGCGGUUACAGAGUCAGCCCGAUCAUCUCCCCUUAAGAUAUUCUGGUCCAUUGGAUUGCUUCCGGCAGUCUAUCAAAAGUGAUGGAGUUCUGGGGCUCUAUCGUGGCAUUACAGCUCCCCUAGUGGGUGCUGCAGCAGAAACAAGCAGUCUAUUUCUAUUCGAGAGUCUUGGUCGUGAAUUACUGUUCACAAGCAGCCUAGUUUCCCGAGAACAAGGACUCUCACUGCCAUAUCUCUGGCUGACAGGUGCAUUUUCUGGAGCUUUCACUUCGUUUGUCCUCACUCCAAUUGAGCUUGUCAAGUGUAGGAUUCAGGCUCCCAUGUCGGCUGAUGGAUCUGCCGGCCCUCCUCUCCGCCCUAUACCUGUCAUCAAGCAGGUUUUCCGCCAUGAAGGCCUUCGGGGCUUUUGGCAUGGUCAGCUUGGUACACUGAUUCGAGAGGCUGGUGGUGGUUCUGCUUGGUUUGGUGCCAAGGAGACAGUAACAAGCAUGUUCUACCAGCUCAAGACGAAGACCGCGACAUCAGCAACAGAGAAGCAGAUAAUUCUUGAUACACCCUUGCCUUUCUGGCAGCAAGCGAUUGCUGGCGCAUCAGCGGGUGUGUCAUACAACUUCCUCUUCUUUCCUGCAGACACCAUCAAAUCACGCAUGCAAACCUCGACUGUCAGUGAUCUACGCCAACGACGAACAUUCUGGAAAGAGGGAGCGAUACUUUGGGAACAACAUGGGAUACGAGGCAUGUACCGUGGCUGUGGUAUUACAUGCCUCCGGUCUGCGCCAAGCUCUGCCUUCAUAUUCAUGGUUUAUGAUGGGAUGAAGCGGCACUUUCCUCUUUGAUGAUAACGGAAAAGAAAACUGGUCGAGAUGAUGUGUGUGAUAGAUCGAGUUUCAAUAUUACUUGGAAAGGAAAUUUUAUCUACGGAUAGCAGCGACUGGUCCAAGCAUCUAUGGCGUUCAAAUUUUGGUUCGACAUAAUGUCGAUUAUUGAAUUGGAGCAUCAAUAGA